CUCUGCCUCUUCCUGGGCCUCCGUUCCUCACACCAGGCCUCGAGGUGCGAAGUCUCCCCUCUGGUCUGCCGCAGGAUGGGUGUCCUCGCCACGGCCACGCUGUGGACGCUCCCAGGGCUGCUCCUAACCCUUGCCCUGCACCUGGCCCUGUGCUCCCGACCGCACCGAGACUACUGCGUGCUGGGCGCUGGGCCCGCGGGCCUGCAGAUGGCCUCCUUCCUGCAGCGGGCAGGCAGGGACUACACGGUGUUCGAGCGCGCGCCCGCUCCGGGCAGCUUCUUCACGCGGUACCCGCGGCACCGCAAGCUCAUCAGCAUUAACAAGCGGUACACCGGCAAGGCCAACGCCGAGUUCAACCUCCGCCACGACUGGAACUCUCUGCUCAGCCACGACCCCCGGCUGCUCUUCAGACACUACUCGACUGCCUACUUCCCCGACGCCGGCGACAUGGUGCGCUACCUGAGCGACUUCGCAAACAGGCUGGGGCUCCACGUUCGGUACGACACAACCAUUGUCCAUGUCACUCUGGAGAAGGACUCACAGGCCUGGAACGGCCACUACUUCGUUCUGACCGACCAGAAGGGCCAGGCGUACCAGUGCAGCGUCCUUCUGGUAGCCACUGGUUUGUCAGUCCCCAACCAAGUUGACUUCCCCGGCUCUGAACAUGUGGAGGGUUAUGAGUCUGUGUCUGUGGACCCUAAGGACUUCGUGGGUCAGAAUGUGCUGAUCCUGGGCCGUGGGAACUCAGCCUUCGAGACGGCAGAGAACAUCUUGGGUGUCACAAACUUUGUCCAUAUGCUGAGCCGCUCCCGGGUGCGGCUCUCCUGGGCCACCCACUAUGUUGGAGAUGUCAGAGCCAUCAACAAUGGCCUAUUGGAUACCUACCAGCUGAAGUCCCUGGACGGGCUUCUCGAGUCGGACCUGACAGAUCUGGCCAUUGUGAAGGACCACAAGGGCAAGUUCCAUAUCACUCUGAAGUUCUUCCUGGAGGAAGCCAAUGCCAGCCAAAGUGCCGACUCCAUCACCCUCCCCCAGGAUGACAAUGACAACUUUGCCAUGCGUGUGGCCUAUGACCGAGUCAUCCGCUGCCUGGGCUGGAAAUUUGACUUCUCCAUUUUCAACUACUCCCUCAGACUCUCCUCUGGAAACGAAUUCAACAAGAAGUACCCGCUGAUCAGAGCUAGCUAUGAGUCCAAAGGAAGCCGGGGUCUCUUCAUCCUGGGGACAGCCAGCCACUCAGUGGACUACCGGAAAUCCGCUGGAGGCUUCAUCCACGGAUUCCGAUACACAGUGCGUGCUGUCCACCGGCUCCUGGAGCAUCGCCACCAUGGGGUUGCCUGGCCCUCCACCGAGCACCCCAUCACACAGCUGACCAGCUCCAUUGUCCGGCGUGUGAACGAGGCUUCUGGGCUGUACCAGAUGUUCAGUGUGCUGGCUGAUGUCAUCCUACUGAAGGAGAACGCCAUGGCAUUUGAGUACCUGGAGGAGUUCCCCAUGCAGAUGCUGGCCCAGCUGGAGACCCUCACAGGGAGGAAGGCGCGGCAUGGGCUCUUUGUCAUCAAUAUGGAGUAUGGCAAAAACUUCUCUGGGCCCGACAAGGACGUCUUCUUUUACGACCGGUCUGUGGGGCACACGGAAGAUGCCUGGCAGUCUAACUUCCUGCACCCUGUCCUCUACUACUACAGGCACCUCCCAACCGAGCAGGAGGUGCGGUUCCGCCCUGCACACUGGCCACUACCAAGGCCAGCUGCCAUCCACCACAUCGUAGAGGACUUCUUGACAGACUGGACUGCCCCUGUGGGGCACAUCCUACCUCUGAGGCGCUUCCUGGAGAACUGUCUGAACACCGAUUUGCGAAGCUUCUAUGCAGAAUCCUGUUUCCUGUUCACCCUUACACGCCAGAAGCUGCCCCCCUUUUGCCAGCAGGGAUACCUGAAGAUGCAGGGGCUUGUGAGUACUGAGCGCCUUCGGCACCACGGUGUGGAGAGCAGGCUCCUAAGGGACUAUGCUGCCAUGGGCCAGCACCUGGAUGACAGCAGCCUGCAGCCUGGCAACCGUAAGCCAGUUGGUCACCAUCUGGCUCCAGGGCCUCUUAUCCAGUCCCUUGACAGAGACAAGGAGGAGCUCUGACUCUCCCCUCAACCUAUGGACACAGUGGCCAGGCUGCUCCAGGCCUUGGUCAGCCCUCCUCUUUUCCUGCAGCCUCUCUUCCACCCAUCAGGACUGCCCAAGACCACUCAGCUCUUCACCAGGAGAAGAGCAGCCUCUGUCAGGUGUGAGAUGCCUUCCACAGCCAGCUCAUC